AUGAACAACGCUCAAGAUAUGUCGCCCGAUUUCGUGUUGAUGCGCCUGGUUUCCGCGGCCGAGGAUGACCGCUUGGACGCAGAAAACGGGAAUCUGCCGCCGGGAGGAGUGGUGGCAGGGCUGGGGAAGGAGGUCCUGGCUCACAGCGGCGUCAAAGCGGGUUUGGAUAUCAGCCGAGAUCCGACGGCGGGCCUCGAGCAUCCCAGCAGCCACCUGAACAAAGCCCAGCCGAGCGGCGAGGGCACGGCUGCACCUGACACCGGGGUGACGGAGAGCCGAGCCCCGCUGUCUGCGCCUCCCCCGCCGCAGAGCUCCAUGGAGGCCCAGGGCUUCGACUUCGCUCCCAGCCCCGGCCUACGGCCUCAGCUGCUCGUCUUCUCCAAUAUAAUGCGGAACGGAGAGGGGAUUUUAGAAUUAGACCGUCGGAAUCAGCCGAGGGAUGCUCUGGAGCAGAGCCCGGGCUCUGGCUGCUCCGGCCCAGCUGUCAAUAACAACAGCCUGAGUCCCAGAGACGUCCAGCAGCAGCAGCAGAACCUGCUGGACCGGACAUGGGGAGCGCAUCCGCCAGUCUCUGUAUCUGCAGAGAUGCAGGGAGCUGCGGAGCUGUGCCGCCGGCAUCGACUCAUCAGCACCCCGCCCGAGUGGCCCGUGUUGUCGGAGAGAUCCAACCCUCUGACCGUGAUCGACUCUAAAUGGGGAUGCGCCACUAGGGACAGAGAGGGAGCCGUGUUCGAGCUGGCCCGGCGGUUCGGAGAGCUCGGGGUCGGUGCGGUACCCAAGAUGCUGUUCAAAGCAGGGGAGCUCCCGCAGUGUUCGUGUCAGGGUGCACACGGGCCGGGAGGAGGGGGAGUCGAGCCCGGCGAUGACCCGACAGAGACGAGCGACGCUUUGUUGGUGCUGGAGGGGCUGGGGAGCGCGGACGUGGACGGCCUGGGCAUGGACGAGUGCCCGGAGGACGAGACGGACGACGAGAACGGACGCCGCGAGUUUUUGCUAAACAGGAAAAGAGAGAUAGUUCAGAAAAUGUCCGGAGCUUUCUCCAUCAGCAGUUUCCAGGUGGAGCUGAGGAGGCAGGUGGAGGAGAUGGCCCCGGCGGCGAGCGAAGCGGCGGCAGCGGCGCACCUGGGCGCGCAGGUGUGCAGCCUCCACGGGAACUUCUCCAGCCGGAUGUCGCAGGUAAGCUCUGGGAACCCAGAGGUUGUCAGUCACGUUCCAGCCAAGUCACCGUCGCCUACACCGGUCCAGAGCUCACCCUGGGCCACGAGCCCGAACCCGAGCCAGGCGUCGACACCCAGAAGGCGGCCGGAGCGGUGCGCCAGCGCGCCUCGGACUCCCACAGGCCGGGCCGCGGGUGGAGAAAAGACGCUCAAAGUUCCAGGGAAGUCCAAAAAGGGCUCGUUAAAGAUCCGACUGAGCAAACUGUUCCGGACUAAAAGCUGCAGCGGCUCCAGUCACCUCCUGGACAAGAGGCCAUCAGUGACCUACUCAGUAUCUUCUGCCGGGAGUCUGGUGGACAUGGCGAGUUCAGCCGGAGCUGAGCAGGACGCAGACAGCCACAGCCAGCCCAGACUGACCAGGGCCCACAGUGCCUUCUCCCCUGCCUCCCUCUCUGCCUCCCUGUCUGCUUUCACCGGUGAGACUGUUUCUCUGGUGGACGUGGACAUUUCGCGACGAGGGGCGAACACGCCUCACCCUCCCACGCCUCCCCCGCCUCCCCGCCGAAGUCUCAGCCUGUUAGAUGACAUAGCCGGGCCUCAGCCUGGUCCCUUCCUAGUGAGCGUCAUGGGCGCCUCCCUGCAGUCCCUCCCCCUGCCUCUCCCUCCUCCUCCUCCUCCCUCCCACGCCACCAUCCAGCACAGUCUCAGCCUCAAUGACGCCUUCCUCCGGGCCCUUCCUCAUUCGAACCCAUCUCCAGCCGAUGCUCCGCCCCCCAGCAGACAGGCUCCGCCCCCCAUGCUGUGCGCCCUGCGUAGGUCAGAAGCCAGCAACUUCACCGCCAGUCUGAGAGAGCUGGAGAAGUGCGGCUGGUACUGGGGACCCAUGAACUGGGAGGACGCAGAGAUGAAGCUGAAGGGGAAACCAGACGGAUCCUUCCUGGUCCGAGACAGUUCGGACCCUCGAUACAUCCUGAGCCUCAGCUUCAGGUCGCAGGGAGUCACGCACCACACGCGCAUGGAGCACUACCGAGGGACAUUCAGCCUGUGGUGUCACCCGAAGUUUGAGGACCGCUGUCACUCUGUGGUGGAGUUCAUCGAGCGAGCCAUCAUGCACUCGAAGAACGGCAAAUUCCUCUACUUCCUCCGUUCCAGAGUUCCAGGGCUUCCUCCCACUCCGGUCCAGCUGCUGUAUCCUGUAUCUCGCUUUAGCAACGUGAAGUCACUACAACACCUCUGUCGCUUCUGCAUCCGUCAAAUAGUCCGCAUCGACCACAUCCAGGAGCUUCCACUGCCCAGACCGCUGAUCUCCUACCUGAGUAAGUUUUAUUACUACGACCCUGAGGAGGAGAUGUACCUGUCAAUCAAGAGCAUCCGGAGGGUGGUGGGAGCCGAGCAGGAAGCCGAGUCGCAGACGUAGCAGCAGAGAGCUCCUCAGCUCAAGUUUCUUAUGGAGGACUGAUCUGCACUGGUCUGCCAGUCUUCCAGCAUCAGCCAAUCAGAGUCCCUGGAAUUCAGUAUGUCCAG